UUGAGGAAACUUUUGAAAACUAAUGAGAAAAGCAUGUAGUUUAAUACUCGAAGCUGGGAAACAUGAGAGUUUUUAAAUAAUUAAGCAUGCCAAGCUGAGAAAUAUAAGAGCUUUUUUCUAAGAAAAGUAUGAGAUUUAAUAUGCGAUACAAAGAAAUUUGAUGAAUACAGUAUAUUGUUUUCUCACACAAUAAAGAGAAGAAGCAAGAAAUAUUAAAAAGGAACCCAAAACUACUACCGAACUUUGAGAGACACAGGACACAACGACGUUUUCUUGUCCCUUUUGCUGAUUUUUUGUCUUUCAAACUUUUGAUAUCAAUGUAUGCAAAUACAUCACGCAUUGCUUAGCUCAGUAAUUACACAUGAUGAAAUGUUACUGUGAAUAGUAUAUAUACGAUGAUAUAUGAAAAUUAACUCUUUUUCUAAAUUGAUUUCGAGAAAAAACGUAACUAAACUGUGAAACUCUCAAUGAAGAAUUAAAACUAUAAAAUAAACAAACAAAUAAAAGGAAAAGAAAAGAAUAGGGGGAGAGGAGGUAAGGCUUGAAGCUUAAAGUGAUGUUUUCGUAUCAAUCUCAAUUUCUCUCCAUACCUCCGACGCCAUUAAAACUUUUAUGAACCUAACUUUUUUCCUCCUUCAAUUCGUCUAUAAAUACUCAUACCUCCCACUUCUUCAAUUUCAUAUUACAUAAUCCCAAAUAAAGCAGCAAACAUUCUCAUCUUACUCACAAGGAAACAACACUCAUUCUUUUUUUUUCAGCACAACCGAAACCGAAAUGGCCCGUUGUUGCAGACUUCUUGCUGUUUUCUUAUGCGUUCUUUUGAUGCUCUCUUUGUGUGAAGCUUUGAGUAGCAACGUUGAUGAUGGAUAUGGUCAUGAAGAUGGAAGUUUCGAAUCCGAUAGCUUGAUCAAGCUUAACAACGAUGAUGUUCUUAGCUUGAAAAGCUCCGAUGAAACCACUUUGGAAUCAUCAACUGUUAGUGUUUCAAACUUCGGAGCCAAAGGAGAUGGAAAAACCGAUGAUACUCAGGCCUUCAAGAAAGCAUGGAAAAAAGCAUGUUCAACAAAUGGAGUUACUACUUUCUUAAUACCUAAAGGGAAGACUUAUCUCCUUAAGUCUACUAGAUUUAGAGGCCCAUGCAAAUCACUACGUAACUUUCAGAUCCUAGGCACUUUAUCAGCAUCUACGAAACGAUCAGAUUACAAAGACAAAAACCAUUGGCUUAUCUUAGAGGACGUUAACAAUCUAUCAAUCGAUGGUGGCUCGACGGGGAUUAUUAAUGGCAACGGCAAAAUCUGGUGGCAGAACUCAUGCAAAAUCGAUAAAUCUAAGCCAUGCACAAAAGCGCCAACGGCUCUUACUUUAUACAAUCUAAAGAAUUUGAAUGUGAAGAAUCUGAGGGUAAGAAAUGCGCAGCAGAUUCAGAUUUCAAUUGAGAAAUGCAACAAAGUUGAAGUUAGUAAUGUUGUGAUCACUGCUCCCGGCGAUAGUCCCAACACCGAUGGUAUCCAUAUCACUAAUACUCAAAACAUUCGAGUCUCCAACUCAGAUAUCGGAACAGGUGAUGAUUGUAUAUCCAUUGAGGAUGGAACGCAAAAUCUUCAAAUCUUUGAUUUAACUUGCGGCCCUGGUCACGGAAUCAGCAUUGGGAGCUUGGGGGACGACAAUUCGAAAGCUUAUGUCUCGGGAAUUAAUGUGGAUGGUGCAAAGUUCUCUGAGAGUGAUAAUGGAGUACGGAUUAAGACUUAUCAGGGAGGAUCAGGGACUGCCAAGAACAUUAAAUUUCAAAACAUUCGAAUGGAAAAUGUCAAGAAUCCGAUCAUAAUCGACCAGAACUACUGCGACAAGGACAAAUGCGAAGAACAAGGAUCCGCCGUGCAAGUGAAAAACGUUGUGUACAAGAACAUAUCCGGUACAAGCGCGACGGAUGUGGCGAUAACGUUGAAUUGCAGUGAGAAGUAUCCAUGCCAAGGGAUUGUGCUUGAGAACGUGAACAUAAAAGGAGGAACAGCUUCUUGCAAAAAUGCCAAUGUUAAAAAUCAGGGCACCGUUUCUCCUAAAUGCUCUUAAGCUAAUUAUGUAAUAUACAUAUACACGUAUAAAUAUAUAGAAAUACAUAUAUAUAUAUAUACACACAUGUAUAUUGUACUCUACGUAUUGCUUCUUAAUAUAUAUAGUAUAUGGGAAAAUAGUAGAAAGAUUUGUUGUCCACAUAUAAAAUUACCAACAUUGAUUAUUAGUAUUUCCAUGAAUAAAUUAAUAAGAUUAUUUGUCUAAUAUUUUGAUUUACUAGUACUAAAAAUGAAAAGAAUAUGCAACAUCUCAGUAAAGUGAAUUGAUUAUUUCAGCAUUAUAUAUAGUUGGGUAAGUAAAAUAUAGAGUGAAAACAUAUUUCAUACUUAGGUUCUUAAGUACUCUCUGAAGAAAAAAAGAACAAGUUGUGCAAAUAGUUGUUAAUACUUGAUGCAAGUCACAUGGACCAAGUUUGUGCCUACGCCUUGAAAUCUUAAAUCGAAAUAUGCGUUUUUUUUUUUUUUUGCAUGAAAAUGCUACUACUUAUAGUGUGUUUUUCAAUAAGAUGUUAAAUCCCAAAAUUAACCUAGUUUUCAGUGAGCUCUUGCAUUGUGGCCUACAUUACUCUUAGUCCAUUCAAUAAUCAACUUAUACAAGAAUGUCAAAUCCCAUAAUCAACCAAAAGGACCAAGGCGUUUAAGCGAACCCUUGUGUUUUGGCCUACUUAACUAAAAAGUCCAAUGUAUUAAAAAUUUUGAUUUACUUUUUACGUGAAUGUUCCUCUUAUUAUGUUGCUAUAAAAUACAACAUGAGGAUAAAGUAAAUCUUGAUGAUGUUUUUUUUUU